UUGAAUCCUAAAUUUUUUGCUACCCAUUACUCGUUUUCCUCCCUGGAAACAUCUAUCCACCAUGGAUCAGUUCUUUCUUGGCUUACUCAUUCUCAGCUUCCUCAUUUCUUCUACUACUUUUGCUCAACAGAACUACUCAGCUAAUUCUGCACUGGACUGCGACAGCAGUGAUGAGACUGGACCAUCUCCUGCAUUUCUCUACACUUGCAAUGGCCAAAACAAAUCUUGUGAUGCCUUUCUCAUCUUCAAAUCUCAACCUUCUUAUGACGCGGUGCCUACUAUCUCAAACCUCACAUCUGCGAACAAAGACGAGCUUGGAAGAAUCAACAAUGUUACGAAGUUUUCAAAGUUCCCUUCCAACAAAGAGGUAAUAGUUCCUGUGCAUUGCUCUUGUUUAGCCCAAUACUACCAAGCCAACACUACAUUUCAAGCCACGAGUGACAAUACUACGUAUUACGUUGUAGCAAGUCAAACUUAUGAGGGUCUUUCUACUUGUGCUGCUCUUAAGAGAGCUAAUGAAUAUGGUGAGUUUGAUUUGGGGUUUGGUGUGGAACUGCAAGUACCACUAAGAUGUGCCUGUCCUACCUCAACCCAAAUUAGGAGUGGUAUGAAUUAUCUACUUACUUAUCCUCUUACCAUUGGCGAUACUGUUGAUAAUAUAGCUGAAAGAUUCAAUACAAGUGCAAAAAGUAUAAUUUAUGCAAAUGAGUUGGAAGAGAAUUCAAUUAUUUAUCCAGACACAACGAUUCUAGUACCUUUGCAAACUAAACCUACAAGUUCAAACACCAUAAUUCACGAAGACCCACCAAAUGUUUCACGUCCUUCGGCUUCUAGUCCUGGAGACAGAACAUCCAAGAGGGAACUAUAUGAAUGGAUUGGGAUUGCAGCAGCUUGUUCGUUGCUAUUCCUCAGUAUCAUUCUAGCCAUUCUCCUUCUGCUUUGCAAAAGGAGAAAAAACGAGGUUCUUGAGACCAGUCAUGAAACAGAACAUGCAUUGCCGAAAGAUCUUCGUAUUGAGAUUGCAAGCGUUGAGCAAGUUUUGAAAGUUUUUGGACUUGACGAGGUGAAGAAAGCCACUGAGAAUUUCAGUUCCAAGCAUAGAAUAAAUGGUUCUGUCUACUGGGGAGAAUUUGGUGGAGAGAUUUUAGCUGUCAAGAAGAUGAAAAGAGAUGUAUCAAAGGAAGUGAGCAUUUUGCAGAGGAUCAACCAUUUCAAUUUGAUUAAGCUUCAUGGCUUUUGCGAGAAUCUGGGUUGUUUCUAUCUUGUUUUUGAAUAUAUGAAAAAUGGUUCUCUACGAGAAUGGUUGUCGGAUGAAAGGUCUGAAAAUAAUGGAAGUUGGAGUAAGAGGAUUCAGAUUGCUCUGGAUGUUGCUAAUGGACUCUACUAUCUUCACAGCUUUACUGAACCUGCCUGCGUGCACAACAACAUUAAGAGCAGCAACAUUCUUUUAGACAGCAACUUAAGGGCCAAGAUUGCAAAUUUCGGUCAUGCAAGAGCAGCAACAAGGGGAACAACAACAAAUGCUGCCCUGACGAAACGCGUUGAAGGGACUAGAGGUUACAUGGCUCCUGAGUAUGUACAGGCAGGUCAAGUAACUCCCAAGAUUGAUGUAUAUGCUUUCGGAGUCGUGCUCCUGGAACUGAUCACAGGAAAAGAUGCUGUUUUUGUACAGGAUGGAAGGGAAACACCACUUUCAACAGCAACAGUUUCUAUUCUGAAGAAGGAAAAUGCAGAAGCUGAACUAGCUUUGUUCAUUAAUCCUAGUUUCCUUGGGAGUCAUGAGAUUAAAUUGGCUCUACGCCUGGCUAGAGUAAGCUUAGCCUGCUUGACGCACGAACCAGAAAGGAGACCGGGCAUGGGGGAAGUGGUGUCAACGCUGUUAAAGAUUCAGGCAGGUUUGGAGAAUACAAAAUCACUGGAAGUUGACUCUGUUGAUGUAGAAACUCCACAAUGGCGUUCAUCAAUAGGUUCAACUGAUUGGAGAGCUGAAGCUAUUUCGAAAUAAUUGUUUUCUUUGUAUAUAUUAGGACCAAAAUUCUAAUAUUCAUUACUUGUAUCAAUGUAUAUCCCCCAAUUAUUCAUA